AUGACAACUCUGACGCGACUCCAAGCGAGACUCCAGGCCUCGGCCUCAUUCGCCCCUCUGGGUCGACCUAUCUUCAACUCGUACGGCCGACGUGCCUAUUCCAGUGACAAGAACAAGACUCAACAGACUACGCAAUCGAAACAUGAUGUCUCAACCAACUACCCGAUCCCUUCUAAUAAUGCGAAACCAACGCUUCGGGAUGGCCGACAGUCGCCUAUUGCCGAUCAUGAAGGUCACCUUCGCGAGGACUUACCCGAGGAUGUAAAGAAGCACAACAAGGAAAUGGACCAACGCUACGAUAAGCCCUACAAUCACAUUUCGGAUGACGGAAAUGUCGAAAAAGGAUGGAAGAAAUAG